AUGGUCAGUUUGCAAAGAGAUCAUCUUAAUACUUAUCAUAACUCUGUGUAUAAUAAGCCAUCUGAAAAACCUUCCAGAAUUUGUAACCAUCAAGUUCCUCCUAAAUCAGCCUCACCUAAGCUGUUUGCAGUUUAUAAAGACUCGAUGGAAGUUGCUAUUAUCAUGGAGUAUGCUAGUGGUGGAUCUUUAUACGACUUGUGUAGAUCUGCUUACCCAUAUGACUUUGCUGCUAGUUCAACCAGUUCUCCUUGCGGUGAUUUAUCCGUUCCUAAUUCUGGUGUUUCUAAUUCACACACAACAAUCCCACAGUCGAAACACCCUGGUUCAUUUGAUGGAUUGCCUGAAUCAUAUAUUCGUCAACUACUAAUCAGCAUCCUUGAAGCUUUGGUCUACAUGCAUGAUACUCUUAGGAUGGUUCACCUAGAUGUUAAGGCUGAAAAUCUUUUACUGCGUCAACCCUAUCCGUCUACUGAUGUAUUUUUCACAGAUUUCGGUUUAGCGACCAUAUUAACUGAAGGUAAACAACAUCGAGAGCUUGCAGGAACUCCUGAUUAUGUUGCACCGGAAAUUAUUAACUAUGAUCCUAUCACAUUUGCUACAGAUAUGUGGUCUGUUGGGGUUCUUACAUAUUAUCUACUUACUGGAAUCUCUCCAUUUCUUGGUGAAGAUAAAUACAUCACAAUGCAAAAUAUUACUCAUAAUACAAUUACGUAUCCUGAUUCCUUUUUAAUAAUCGUUCACCCGAUUCAAUUGACUUUAUUCAGCGCCUUCUACAACGUUCACCGACACAACUCAUUAAAUCAACCAAUCAUAAUCGAAACAGAAAUUAAUCAUCAAUCAUCACAAACCACACUGUAUAAUAACAAGAAUAGUAGUAGUAAUGAUGAUAAUGUGAAAUACGCUAUUGAAUUAUUCAGUGUAGAUCCAGUUAUUGAAAUUGUUGAUGAAUUUAUAUCACCACAUUGUUUAGCCCAGUUUAUAGUACAAUCUCCUGUAUAUAUUGUUCCAUAUGUAGAUGUUGUUAGUCAAACAAAUUUUUCUAAACUAAUGCCUUCAUUAAAAUUAUGUGUUAACUAUCUUCCUAUUAUCAACUCAGCAGCAUGUACACAUUUUACCUCUUCGAUAAACAACCACCCAUCAUCAUCCGAACAGUUUAUUAGAAAGAUAUCUAAAAAAUUAAUCAAUGGACAUUUCAAUCUACUUAAAAGUCUUUCCGAUUUAACCAAAAUUUGUUCAAGUAACUCGAACAGUGACAAUCGUUAUGUUGAUACUGACAAGUGUUAUCAGUUGACGAAUAGGUAUCCCAUCGGUAUACAUGAUGAAUCAAAAUCAUUAACCAGUUAUUCUAAACUAUCCAUCAACAACUUGUCAAAUUCUAACGUAGUUGAGUAUAAUAGUUGGAGAAACAACAAAUCGACUGAAAAUUGUGUAUCAAUUUAUUUAUUUAUUUCAAAUUAUUUACAAGAAUAUCAAUUAUUCUUAAUGUUUUGUGAUUUAAAUUAUUAUAAAUUACUUGAUCGUGAUUUUUAUUUCUUUAACCGUCAUAAUACUACUAAUAUUGUUGAUAGUAGUAGUAGUAGUAUCAAAGAGACUAUUAAUACAAAUACUGAAUUAUUUGUAAAUUUUCCAUUGUCAAGCAAAAUUCACCACCAGAAACAACAACAACCUAGUGAAAAUGAUAUAACUCAAAAUGUAAUGAAUAGAAAUUGUGAAAUGAAAGAAUUAAUUAAAAUAUCUAAAUAUACUACUGAUAUAAUGCCAAAAGUGAAUGAAAUUAUUCCGAAAAAUUUUAUAAAUUCACAUAUUUCUACAAUUCGUAUUGAAAUAAAUUCAUCAAUAAAAGAAAAAUUGAAACUAAUGAAUUCCUCAGAUGAUCAUUAUAAUUUUAAUCACACAAGAGACUAUUUAUCCUAUGACUUUUCAUGGAUUAAGCAUAAUCAUAAUAGUGGAAAUGAUAAUAAAGCAUGGAAUUUAUUCAAUUCUCCUCUAAUCACUUCAUCUUCAAUGUUGUUUUCUUUACGUGAUCAUCAUCAUCAUAUUCGAUGUAAUUCAAUCAUUAGCAAUCAACCAAUUCUCAACAUCAACCAAUUCACCAACAGUUCAUUCAAUAAUUAUGACCGCUACCAAUUAAAAUGCCAUUAUCAACAAAACCAAACAACAAUUAUGAAAUUGUCUAAUAUUAAUCAAAUUAAAUAUAUAAAUUUACCAUUAUCAUGCAUAGUACAUCGUAUACAAUUAAUUAAGACAAGAUUAUUUCAUGAUUUAUUCAAUUGGAUUAAUUUAUUUUUAAGAAAUCUUUUACAUUUAUUAUUUUUUUUAUUACCAUCAUUAUUUGGUAAAUAA